UCUUUCUGUUCAAGUGCCAUUUCAUUGCAUGCAGUGCAGUCUAUAAAACAGAAUGCGUUCUCCGUGGAUCUCGAGUUUCCUAUCACUUAUCGUCAUUCGUAGCGUAUAAACAUAACAGCACGCGGUCAUUAACUUACAAAUUGUUUACGUGUCAUUCGACACAUGCGAAUCUAGUAAUAUCGUGCACGAAAUGCCAGUUUUCGAGCUAUAAAAAACACGAUCAGGCCAUUGUUAGCGUCAUAGACAGGUUUCGGGUCGAAAUUUUCGAACGAUCGCGCAAGCAAAAUGUCAUGCAGCUACGCGGACGGUCUCUCGCAGUACGAAAACAAAGGAGUGUUGGGUCUGGAAGAGAGAUACGACAGUGUCGAGGCAUUACGAUUGAAAUGUGGCCUUCUAGCCGAUUGGAUACAGGCCGCACGGCAUGUCGUCGUUCACACCGGUGCCGGCAUCAGUACUGCGGCGGGCAUUCCGGAUUUUCGAGGUACAAAUGGAGUAUGGACAUUAGAACAGAAAGGUUUGAAACCUACAAUGAAUAUUUCCUUUGAUGAAGCCAUUCCUACAAAAACACACAUGGCAUUGAAAAAAUUAGUAGAUGCUAAAAAAGUUAAGUUUAUUAUAAGUCAGAACAUUGAUGGUUUGCAUCUUCGAUCUGGUGUACAAAGACAGUAUCUUGCAGAAUUACAUGGAAAUAUGUUCACUGAACAAUGUGAUAAAUGUGGAAGACAAUUUAUUCGGAACUUCGCGACUAAGAGCGUAGGAAAAAAAUCCCUUGAUACUGUGUGUAGAUCUGAACAAAUUGGUGGACGUCCAUGCCGUGGACGUAUGCAUGACACGAUUCUCGAUUGGGAACACAACUUGCCUGACAGUGAUCUGACAUUAUCUGAUUUACAUUCUAGUGUUGCGGAUUUAAGUAUAUGUCUUGGAACAACACUUCAGAUUAUCCCGAGCGGUAAUUUACCUCUAUAUACCAAAAAGUAUGGAGGUCGACUUGUUAUAUGUAAUCUACAACCUACAAAACAUGAUAAAAAGGCAGAUUUAAUUAUUAAUGGCAAUGUUGAUGAGAUAAUGAUCAGCGUUAUGAAAAAAUUAGGGCUAGAAAUCCCCGAAUAUGAAAGUACAAUGGAUCCCACACGUAAUUCUGAUACAACAUCCAAGGAAAUGGAUUGGACGAUACCAACAAGUAGAAUAAAAGAAAUGAAUGUUUUGUAUAAAAAAGUGUGUAAACCGAUGAGAAGGAAACGAAAGACAUUCAUGUAUGAAAGGGAGAGAACUGAUACAAAGCGAGAAACAAAAACAAAGAAACAGGCAUUCAUGAUAAAACAAGAUAUAAAAACAGAAGAUACAAUGAACACAGCGAAUCAAAUUUGCAACAAUGCUGUAGUUUCGGAAGAUAUAAGCAGUAAUACGGUGAAAAUUGAGGAUGAGAUAAAACAUGUGGAACCAUUUGAAUUUACGACGAACAAUAUGACCCAACCAGAUCCUGGUUUAGAAGUGAACAACAUACUGUAGCAUGAUUUCAGCAGGUGGUGAUUCAGCGACGUAAUACUCGUAUUAAUAUUUUCUUUGUUAAAUUUAUUUACGAGUGCAUAUAGAAUGGAUGUUAUCUGUAUGUGAAGAAUGUCUAAAAAAAAAGUGCUAUUGAUUUGUUUAUAUGAAAAUGAUAAAAAAAAAAAAGUAACAAAAAAUAAGAAUAUAAGUUUAUCAACCGAUAAAUCGCUUUAAUUGUCAAGUCAAAAAGCGCUGCAAUACAUGUACAUAUGUGUAGUAGUACUUUCGUAAUCGCUUCCAUGUUCUGUCCGCUUUUUUCAUUACUCGUAGUUCUUAAUCAGAGAAAGUCAGAGUUUCCAGUGAUCUAAUCAUAUUCUACUAACAUACAAAUAUAUGCAUGCAUAACCAUGUUUUUCUCCAUUAUGAUACAUUAAAUGUUAAGUACUUACGAUGAUUUAUUUAGGAUCAUUUGUAAGAUGUUGAACAGAGAUUUUACAGAGAGUAUCGUGUCGAUCCUGAAAUGAUCUUUCAUUUCAGAUAGAUCUUGAAAUGAUUAUAAAGAGCACAGCCAAAAUUACGUUCAAGUGCGUUUGAUUGAUCUCUAUAUAGAUAUAAUACUGUUCGUGUUUUCCAGAGAAAAAAAAUUAAACAUGACCAAAAAUCUUCCAUACGGCUGUUUGUAAUUUCACGAAGCGAUUAACGGAAGAUCCGCAGAUGUUUUAAUUGCAUCGGAAUAGUAAAUACUCGUUGCUACUUUGAACGUUUAAGAUUGAAAUCUUUUAAUAGAAAGCUCCAUAUGAGCGUUGGUGUUGUUUGAUCGAUCUAAUAGUUAAGUGUCUCUUGUUAAACGCACAUAUGUUUGUAUAAUCGUGAUAGAGUGACUAAAAGCGUUUUGUAGGUAGACAUUAAAACGGAUAACGGGGACCGCGAAAAUUACUCCCUCGACAGUAUGUCUUUUGAGUAAGUUAAGAAGCAGAAGUGUAAACAUUUGAAAGAGAGAAAAAAAAAAAAAAAGAAAAAAAAAUAUG